CUUAUAUUUGCCAUGUCUAGUGUGUAGUUUUUCCCCAUCAAAAUGCCAAAUGGGUAUAUUCGGCAUUUCAUCCCAAGUUAAAACAUAUUGGGCUUGGCCCAAGUGAGAACUCCCCAACAACGAAACCUAAAACCCUAAGUUUAUGUACCGCAAUUAACAAACCAGAGUUUCAGAUUUCCGCCUGUUUGCUCUUCACUCUUUCCGCAGCAAGCAAACUCCUUGUAAUCUCUUUCUCUGCUUAGCCUAAUCAAACUUUUGAUAAGAAAAGAUGGUCAGAGUUAGUGUGCUGAAUGAUGCUCUCAAGAGCAUGUACAAUGCUGAAAAGAGGGGAAAGCGUCAGGUCAUGAUUAGACCUUCAUCAAAAGUCAUCAUCAAGUUCCUUAUUGUUAUGCAGAAGCAUGGUUACAUCGGAGAAUUCGAGUACGUCGAUGAUCAUAGGUCAGGAAAGAUUGUUGUUGAACUGAAUGGAAGGCUUAACAAAUGUGGUGUCAUUAGUCCUCGUUUCGAUGUUGGAGUUAAGGAGAUUGAAGGAUGGACGGCUAGAUUGCUCCCUUCCCGACAGUUUGGGUACAUUGUGCUGACUACCUCAGCUGGUAUCAUGGACCAUGAAGAGGCUAGGAGAAAGAAUGUUGGUGGAAAAGUUCUUGGUUUCUUUUAUUGAUGUGACAAGGAUGAAAACUUUGGUUUUGCUGUUUGUUGCCUCUUUAUUUCCAGCCUUUUUUGUUUUUUCCGUUCCCAUCAAAUUGUAGUAAGGAUUUUAUUGAGAAUUUUGAGACAAUUAUCAGAUUUUUGUUGAAGAA